UGUGGCUACGUCGCAUUUGAGCUUGUUUUUAAAUCGUCCAAAUAUUUGUUGGCAAAAGUCUGUCUCGAGACAAUGUCUUGUUUUAUUUAAAUUUAAUAUACGCGAAUAGUGUUGUUUAUUUAAAAAAAGUCGUUCGUAAUCUAGCGAAGUGCCGACAAAUGUGAAAUAACAAGAUAAUUCGAACAAAACUUCACCACAUCCACAAAUUCAACAUGUUGAAAAUGCCCCUAUUUGGUAAAGAUCGGAAAAAGAAGGAAAAUAAGGAAGAUAAAUUAGCAAUUGAAGAAAAAUACAGUCUUAAGGAUGUUUUGGGAACGGGUGCUUUUUCUACAGUCCGGAUUGCAGAGAGCAAGACUCGACCUGGCGAGAUGUAUGCAGUUAAAAUAAUUGAUAAAAAAGCACUGAAGGGCAAGGAGGACUCCUUAGAAAAUGAAAUUAAAGUUUUAAGAAGGUUGAAACAUCCAAAUAUUGUCCAAUUAUUAGAAACUUUUGAGGAUAAAUCAAGAGUAUUUCUUGUGAUGGAACUUGUGACAGGAGGGGAACUAUUUGACCGUAUAGUUGAGAAAGGAUCUUAUACAGAAAAGGACGCUUCUGAUCUUAUAAGACAGGUUUUGGAAGCGGUUGAUUACAUGCACGAACAGGGAGUUGUUCAUAGGGACUUGAAACCCGAAAAUCUGCUUUACUAUAGUCCAGAUGAAGACUCUAAAAUAAUGAUUAGCGAUUUUGGUUUAUCUAAAAUGGAAGAAUCAGGUAUUAUGGCUACUGCGUGCGGUACGCCAGGAUACGUAGCUCCGGAGGUGUUGGCGCAGAAACCUUACGGUAAGGCCGUGGACGUGUGGUCAAUAGGCGUUAUUUCCUACAUUCUGCUGUGUGGAUAUCCUCCAUUUUAUGACGAGAACGACGCCAACUUGUUCGCGCAAAUAUUGAAAGGGGAAUAUGAAUUCCACUCUCCUUACUGGGACGAUAUUAGUGAGUCUGCAAAAGAAUUUAUUUCGAGCUUAAUGACGGUGAAUGUUGAACAAAGAUUUACAUGUAAACAAGCCCUUGCCCAUCCUUGGAUAUCUGGCAACGCCGCAGGCACAAAGAACAUUCAUGGAACCGUAUCAGAGCAAUUGAAGAAGAAUUUUGCUAAAUCCAGAUGGAAGCAAGCAUAUCACGCUACUACUGUGAUCCAGAAAAUGAAAAAAAUGGCUUUGACCAACUACAGUGCCAGAGACCCAACUCUAGAAAGGUGUAUUUCUGAUCAGCACAAUGAUAGUGGUUCGUGUGGAUGUGAAAAAUAAAUGAUGAAAAAAU